AUUGGAGUUUCACUACCACAGGAGACGGAGUAGGACUAUAAAUAGUACAAGGACUAAUAACGUUCUACCUACUGUAUAUAUUCAACACUCUUUAAUCUGCUGUGUAGGAAUUAUAAUCAACCUAGCAGAUGUUUCAUUUAUAGAUUAAAUUGUUGCUGUGUUGAGUGAGGAAAAUGUCGGAUAUUUUUGUUGCCUUGCCCCCUGCUACUGGAGGUUGUGUUAUUUUUGGUAAAAAUUCCGAUCGUCCACCAUCCGAGGUCCAAGAGGUUGUUUAUCAGUCUUCUCAAGAUUAUGAACCGGGAACAAAACUACAGUGCACGUUUAUAGAAGUGGAACAGGUGACGCAUACCUAUGCUGUAGUACUGAGUAAAGCAGCAUGGACAUGGGGAGCGGAGAUGGGCGCUAACGAACACGGUGUGUGUAUCGGUAAUACAUCAGUAUGGACCAAAUUAUGUCAUCCAGGCGAUCAUAAUGAAAAGUUGAUUGGUGUUGAUUUUGUAAGGUUGGGUUUAGAGAGAGGAAAGACCGCUAAGGAAGCAUUAGUUGCUAUAACCGAAUUACUCAAGUUACAUGGACAAGGUGGUCAUUGCUGUGAGGAUCCUAAUUUUGGUCAAUGGACGUAUCACAAUAGUUACCUGUUGGUCGAUCGACAUGAGGCAUGGGUUCUUGAUACAGCUGGUCUCUUCUGGGUGGCCAAAAAAAUAACAAACGGGACCCAUAAUAUCACCAGCAUGUUGUCCAUAGAAUCAGAUUUUGAUUUAAGUUCUGAUGGAUUACAAGAAGAGGCAGAGAAAGCUGGACUUUAUAAACCUGACCAGGGAGAUUUUAAUUUCUUUAAAACAUUUCAUUCAUCUUUCAGUGGUUUAUCUUUAUCAGAUAAACAACAAGCUGAAAACAGACUAGAGCAGGGGAGACAACUCCUACAGACAUUAGCCAAACCCGGUGAAUUUUCCCAGCACAAUAUGUUUCAGCUACUAAGGAAUGAGGCCAGUAGCAUCAAUUUUAGCGGGGAGUUGGAGACCAUGUCUAGUCAAGUUUCAGUUCUACAACCGAAGAACGGUUCCAUGGUUCCCGAUGUUCACUGGUUUACUGGCACCCCGAAUCCAGGUCUAUCGGUGUUCAAACCAUUUAUUUUCUGCGAGGAGCCGACCAUUGGCAAGGUUACCAUCUCGCCAGCACCGGAAGGUAAACCGACGUUCCAAUCAGUUGCCGACAGACGUCACAUGUUGUACAAAGCUCAUGAAAAGGGGAGGGAACUCAUGGAAGGUGGAAGCCAGACGGGCAAAAGGCUACUGCAGACGAUGAAAAGUUUAGAAAUUCAGUGUGUUUUGGAUGUAUCGGAAUAUUUACAGAAUUUUGACAAGACAAAAUUAGAUGAAGUAAACGACCUGUUUAAAGAUUUGACUGAAUCGGAAGUCAAAUUUUAUCGUUAAGAUUAAAAAUAUGAUGAAUCUGUAUUUGCUAAAAGUAACAAAUCCUACUUACACUUGAUUUCACAGGCAACAUAUAAACCAAACGCUCUUCAAGUUUCCAACAAUUUAUAUCAUUGGAAAUUUCGUGAUUUGCUGAAUUAUGUUUUUCCUUGACGACAAGCUUGUUAUAAAUAUGGCGGAUAUUGUGUGUUGGUGUGCUUGACAUUCAUUUGAUGUGUGAUGUAAUGGAACAAAAAAUACAAAAGUAAAACAAAAGUCGGUUAGCUAGAUGAACGCCUCAUAUGAGAAGUGCUGUCAGGUGUUCCAGAAAGGGAAAGCAUACUCUGUCUCGUAUUUGACACUCGUCACUACUGAUAGCUAAGCUGUGCGUUGGGUUGCACCAGUACAAGUGAAAUACAACACAUAUUUAUGUUGCUGGGUAAUUAGUUUUUUAUUCUGUGUUUAUUUAUUCAUUAAACAACAAAAUAUGACAACCACGUGUGAAGAUAAUAUUUACAAUUUCUCAGGACAAAACGAUCGCCACCAUUUUUAGUUAUUAGCGAACUAGUUAUAAAAAGCACGGAUUUUAAAGGACAUUUCCAACGAUUGCAUACUUUAUAUUUUAUAUUUUAUUUAGAAUCUGAUUUUAAAUUGACUCAUACAUUACAAGAUUGAACGGUAAAACGAUCUUAUAAGAGGGGGGGGGGGGUAGUUAUAUGGCGUCACCUCCGACCUCAGAUUUUAAGUUGAACAUGGCUAAAGAUAAUUUAAAUAAGAGAUUUUCAACGGAUAACUUUGUACUUUAAAUUCUUUAUCUUUAAUUUUAUUUGUUUGAUGAAGAAGUCAGAGAAACUGUUUCAACCCAAGUCGGUCGUUUCAAAGUUUUUAUAUUGUUAAAAAAAAAAAUAUAUCUUGAACACCUGAACUUCAUUUACUCACAAAAUACUUAUUUAAACCCAAAUGGCACUUGAGUAAAACUUUAAUUUAUAUAAUAUAUGUGCAUGGCGAUGGUUUUAGCUAUAGACCCAGGUGGUUGUCAUAUUAUCAACCAGCCAGAUAAUUCUAAAAACAUUCUUUCUUAAAAGGCUAGCCAAAUAUAGAAUAUUGUCAUACUGUCCUUUAUAAUAAACUCUGAACCAGUAACUUAAAAUACACAAUACAAUAGACAAUUUCGGUAAAAUGGAAAAUUGGUAUUUAUAAUAAUUCCAUUAUUUUAGCUUGACAAAGAUUUGUCUCUUUUCUGCUUAUAUACAUGUGUACAUUUGUGAGAUAUUUAUGUAUGUGUAACACGGUAGAGGUGCUGGCAUCAUGUGAACAAUAACGCUGCCGUGACUAAAUGUGUUACAUGUUUUAUAUUAUGAUGUAUUCACGCCUUGUAAUGGUGUCUUAAACUUAUUAUAUUGAAGAUAUUUAUUCCUACAGCACGUAUGCGCUUUAAAAGUGUUUUGCUUUAUAAAAUUAUACAAAAUGAUUGUAACUAGCUGUUUUAAAAUAGAAUUAAUGGUGGAAUAUUUGACUCUUAGCCCACCCCCUCUCUAAUCUGUUGGUCGCGAUUCCUUUCAUAUGAGCAAACAGUGCAAUUUUAUGAUUGCAUAUUUCACUGAUUAUUGUAAUGUAAACAAGUGCGCAUGAGCGUGGAAUGUAGGUCAACGGAUGUUAAUAAACCCAUUUGGAAUAGAUAAUGAUUUUUAAUCUUGAAAAUCACAAUGUAAGUUCAUUGUUCUAGAUUAGCUUAUGUCCUUACGUUAUCUAGUAAUACAGCUCUCUAGUUCGUAAACCUGCCGUAUGUGCAACUACGUGCUACUACGGGGGGUUGGAUGGACGAAUGGUUAGCACGUGCGUGCUGUGUCAUAAGGCCUGCCAUUGAGUCAACUAGCGUGGUUUCGAAUCCCCGGCUGUACGUGACAAGGUAUAGGGUCGCCUGUCCAACCUCGUGGGUUUUCUCUGGGUCCUCCGGUUUCCUCCCACUGCUAAAGACCUCUACGCGCAAGCGAAUUAUUGAAAUAAAAUUAAACCAUAUGUUAGUCCCGAAAUGACCUAGUUUGUGUCGAGUGGACGUUAAACCCCAUGUCUCUCUCUAUCUCACGUCCUACUAUGGGCUGUUUGAGGGGGAAAUCAUAGUCGACCCGUGCGUAACACCUACGCGUCACUUGCAUUUGUUCGGCACCGUAGACGAUCACAGACUGGCCGUAGAGGUUUUGGCCUACAAAUACAAAAUUUUAACCCGGUUUCUUGAGGCUACCCUGCGAGCUACCAAAUCCCACGACCCGUGCAUGUUAAAACACGUACGGCUGGUUGUGAGCUAGACUUUAUCGCAACACUGUACCAUCAUCCCAUCAUAUCUGAUAAAGAUAAUCUUUCAUUGAUGUCUCUUUUGUAUUUUGUUGUCUCUAUAAAAUAUGAUAAUAAAUCGAGCCUUUGUGUGAUAUUACAGAAAUUUGUAGAUGGGCGUUAUUUUUAUCAAAAGCGUAUGAAAACAUACAAAACGCAAACCUGGCGCCUGAGAGAGUAAGCAGAAUUAAACUAAGGGAGAUAAAUCGGCUUGUAGAAGAUAUUUAUGAUUUCUGUCUUUAUAUUUCCAUAGUUGUUAUUAUAUUAAUAUACAUAAUGAAUAUAAUAUUGUGAAUCUAUAUAGGAGUACAUUGGUCACGUGAUGUAUUAUAUUUAUUUAUUUAUUGUGUUAAUAAAUUAAUUGUAAAGCUUCAA